AUGCCAUUCGACGUUUGCCGUAUUGAGGAGCAUCUAUCUCAUGAGGCAACGCGACUUUUGAAGAAAGAAGAAAACUGUAAGAGCAUUUCGACAUUUCGAGAAGCAAAGAAGACAUUUGAAAAAUGCGCGAAACUGAGAAAGGACUUUGAGACGAUUUCGGAGAAACUCAUGCCUCAUUUGGGUCGAUAUGACGAUAAGGUCAAGAAAUUGACUGAAGCAGUUGACAAAGAGGAUUAUCAAGGACUUGAAGGUGGAUUUGAAGAG